UCGGUCACCGAGAAACCAGUUCUCAGUCAGUGUCCGUGGAGGUUGGUUGUGUUCAUUGGUAUUUAACGAGUGUGCUGUGAUUUUCCACGGACUUCAAGAUGUCUUUGCAAGAGCAGUUUGACAAGGCAGCCGCGGACGCAAGUAACCUAAAGGGGCGGCCUAGCGACAGCGACCUAUUGGAGCUGUACGCUAACUUCAAGCAGGCCACUGUUGGGGACGCCAACCCCGCUGAUAGACCUGGCAUGCUGGACUUUAAGGGCAGGGCCAAAUUCGACGCGUGGGCGGCCAAGAAGGGCGCUUCGAAGGACGACGCGAUGAAGGCCUACGUCGCCAAAGUCGAAAGCUUGAUUGCAUCCAUCGGACUAAAGUAAUUAUAAAGGAGAUUCAAUCAGUACAUUCCAUCUUAGAAAAUCAGAUUGACAAUAUUAGAAAAGGAUGUAAAAUUAGAACAACACUUUUUAUGCUUUUCGUCCAGAAACAUAGAUCUUUUUAUGCUUAAUCGCUUAUGGAAACAACAGAGUGGGAUAGCAUGAUGAUUACCCGAUGCAACUAUAAUAGACAUAAUCCGUGACAUAGAAAACAGCAAGACAUGGGUCAAGACAAAAAUAAUCAAUUAUCACAUACAUAUUUUUAAUGACCGAAAUUUAUUAAUAUAAAAAUUACAACGAAAAUACGCCUCUUGGAAUUGUUAUAUACAUAAAUUUGAUUUUAAAAGCAGUUUCUUGUAUAAAAAGAAGUCCACUAAACUAGAGGUGUAUUCAUUAAAAUAUUUUUUUCAUGUUUAUAAUCGCAGCGUAGGUUAAGUUAAAGAUCAAAACAGUAAAGAUAACUAUUAAAUGAUAUGCUAGCGUUUUAGCUUGGCGAGUGUUUAUCACUAGAGACAUUGGUGAAAUUACUGAUUAAGAUGAUGCAUUUGUUUUGUUGUUAAUUUUAUACUGUUUUAUAAUAAAUAUAUUGGGAACUGAAUAAAUGA